CCUGUGGUGCUUUAAAAUUUAUUUAUUUUUGUUCUCUGUAAAUUGCCAUGAGGAUUGAGACAGCAAAUCAAUUACAUGCAUGCAGGCGUAAUAAACGAUAAGCUCUAUUUCGAGAUUUUGUUUUGGCUCAGAACCGCAUAGUCCACCCCCAGGGAUCAGGACUAAAAUUGCGGCUGCAGAAAGGAGGGAGUCAGCGCCGAGUUCAAGAGGCAGAACCAGGGACGGAGAUUUUCCCCAACCUGUUCCUGCAGCUCUUUCUCUCUCUCCCGCCCUGCAUAAAAUUCUUCGAUGAACUCGCUGUAUGAACUCACACAAGAUCGCAUCACCCAGGAAGGAAAGAAAAAAAAAAUAUUCUUCACUAUUGCAAAGAAAACAAAGUAAUCUCUCAGCACUGGUUAAUUUUGCGCGGCUAACUAAUAUUGAAACAAAUCCAAACAAGUCGUGCCCUUGUGACUCUAUAUGCCCACGAUUCACAGUCUUAUACAGGAAAGGAAUUCCGGCCGCUUUUUAAUCAUCAACCGCUUAGAUGCGCGCGCCCACACGACCCCUAACUCUCUGCUCGCCCUCCAGAAGUGCGAGUCCUGCGACACGUGUCUCACGCCAGGAAUUGAAAGUACAGUCCCGCCCUCCGGCCCGUUCUCACGCUAAACGCCGUGCGUCACAAGGCGAACGUAAAGCUUCGAAGAGGCGCGCAGCCCUUUCAUCACCACUGGACGUUUCCAAUUCCUUUUUCUCCUGCCGCUGGCGAGAAUGGCUUGCUGGCUCUCCUCCGACUGUCAGUUGCUGAGGAAGGGCUGAGGUGCAGGAUUCCUGCACUUUCCGGCAUUUCCUUCCUGCUUGGAGAAGUACCCGAGGUGGGCUCAGCCAACCUUCAUCCUGCUUCAGAGGCACUCUUCUUAGGACCCAGUUCUUCCGGUGCGCUCAUUCAGAUAGCGUUUGGUGGCUGCUUGGGUCGUCCCGCCCCUCGGUGGGGCUCUCCGAUGGGUGCCGAAACUCCUAGUCGCGGCGGCCUCCUAGGCCCUGCCUGGUGGAGUUGCUGCACUCGUGCCUCCUUCUUGCCCCCCCCCCAGUGAGGCUAAGUGCGCGCGAGUCUAUUAGCAGUCGCGUGGUAGUGAUGGCGGCUUUCAGAGAGCCUGUUCCUGUCACUGGAUACUUACCAGCGGCGGCGGGAGCGGCGUUUAACUGGUUUGGCUGCGGCCGGCGGCACGUUGCAGAGCCGCUCUGCGGGAGGGCCCGAGGGAAGUCCUGACUAACUCUCCUCCCGCCCUCCUUCCUCGCUGCUCGCAGCCGCCGAAGUCUCUCGGCCAGCCCCGCCGCCGCUGCCAUGGGCAUUCUGGACAGGCUGAGGAAGGACUGGUUCAUGCUGGGGAUCGUCCUGGUCAUCACCAUCGCCAAGCUGGAGCCGGCCUUUGGGGUGAAGGGGGGACCAUUGAAACCAGAAAUCACCAUCACAUAUAUAGCUGUCUCUGCUAUAUUCUUCAAUAGUGGACUAUCCCUGAAAACAGAGGAGCUGACAAGUGCUUUGAUGCAUGUAAAAUUGCAUCUUUUUGUACAGAUCUUCACACUUGUGUUCUUCCCAACAGUUAUAUGGCUGUUUCUUCAGCUCCUAUCUAUUACAUCUAUAAACGAAUGGCUUUUAAAAGGUUUGCAGACAGUAGGCUGCAUGCCUCCACCAGUAUCAUCAGCAGUGAUUUUAACAAAAGCUGUUGGGGGGAAUGAGGCAGCUGCUAUAUUUAACUCAGCCUUUGGAAGUUUUUUGGGCAUUGUUAUAACUCCUUUGCUCCUACUGCUUUUUCUUGGAUCCUCCUCUUCUGUGCCUUUUUCAUCUAUAUUCUCACAGCUGUUCAUGACUGUUGUAGUUCCACUCAUAAUUGGACAGAUUGUCCGAAGAUACAUCAAGGAAUGGCUUGAGAGAAGGAAGCCUCCAUUUGGUGCUAUCAGCAGUUGUGUACUCUUGAUGAUCAUCUAUACAACAUUCUGUGAUACUUUCUCUAAUCCAAAUAUUGAUCUUGAUAAAUUUAGCCUGAUCAUAAUAGUUUUUAUAAUAUUUUCAGUUCAACUAGGAUUUAUGAUGUUAACUUUCUUCUUUUCUACAAGAAAGAGUUCUGGCUUUACACCAGCAGACACAGUGGCUAUUAUUUUCUGUUCCACACACAAAUCUCUAACCUUAGGUAUACCAAUGCUGAAGAUAGUAUUUGAAGGCUACAAGCAUCUGUCCUUAAUUUCAGUUCCAUUGCUUAUAUAUCACCCAGCCCAGAUCCUCCUUGGCAGCCUUUUGGUACCAACAAUAAAAUCUUGGAUGAUUUCUAGACAAAAGGCAAUGAAAUUAACAAGGCAGCCCAAAGUACCAGUGAAAGUAUAAUGGAACAGCCCUAGUGAAUGUAUAUAUGUCCUAUUUUGUACAUACAGAGAGACAAUGCAAGAGAUGAUCAUAUGUGAAUGUUUCCUCAGCACUUACUUUAUUUUUAUACCUACAAAUAUAUUUAAAAUACCUACUGGAGUGCCUUAAAAUACUUUUGACAAAAGCAUUGAUUCCAAAAUCAGAUGACUGGUUAUUAUAAGAGGCUGCACUCAGAAUUUGCAUUCGUUCACUUUUAUUUCUCUUCCUGAGUGAAUCAUCCUAGCAGUGAAACUUUAAAGCUUCCAUGAUCGCAUCUCAGUAGCACAUCUCAAUGCACCAAGUGGUUCCUCUUCUGUAAGCUUUAUUGCAGUGAAUGAAGACCAAAUGGACCUGCUUUGCAUGGGUUGUCCAAAUUAUUCAUAAACUUUUUACAUGUUUUCCUGGCCUCUGCCACCUUCUAGUUCCUUGCAGGAGAUGAUUCCUGAAGAUUUAAGUAAGAAAUGAACUUAACUUUUGUUGAUUCUGUCACAUCCUUACUUUGACAUGACUUUUUCUUCUGAGUUUGUGUAUAUUCAGCAAGGGGACAGCCAUUGGAGAGAAACUGAGGAGCAUAAAUUACUUGCAUUUGUUGAGACAGUUCUCUCUAUCUUCCUUCAAAGUUAAUGGCUUCACAAGAUACUUCAGAUCCAUUUUUAUGGUGCUGUGGCAUAUCUUAAAUGAACUCUGAACUUCCUCAAAGACAAGGUUGUAAGGAAACACCAGUGAUUUACAAGCCCAGCUGUUUUUAUUAUCAUUGCUAUAGUUUACUAAAACAGAUUAUCCUUUUUCCUUGUGCAGGACAUCCCACCAGUAGCGAUAAAAAAUACUAAUAUUGCAGCAGUCACUUUAUUGCCAUUUACAGGCUUUUCAGUGCUAUAUUGUUCAAUAUCCCAUGAGCAGCAUACAGAAAUUAAUGAGGUUGGAAGACUGCCCCCUCAAGCUAGCAAAGAUACAUAUAUUCCAUAGAAAUUUAAGCAGCACUGCAAUGAGUAUAUCUAAUUAACCUGACAAUCAGAGUUUAAAGGUGAUUUAUUUUUUAAAAAAAUCCUACUUUUUAGAAGGGAUGUUGAUUAAUACAUUUGGAUAAAAAGAAAGGGAAAAACAAUAUAUAUUUAACAAUAUAAUCAACAGGAUACUUAAAGAUAUUGGCCUUCAGAUCUCAAAUUUAGAGACAACGUUAUUUCCACAGCAAUGUGGGAGUCAUGUGAUUCUAUAAAUAAUGUAUGGGUUUCUAGUGCUUUCACAACCCUGUUUUUCUUGACAUACAGUAUACAGGGAAGCCUUCUUAUUCAAGGGCACAUUUAUGCAUUUUCUUCUGCAUAACAUUCCGUGAAGGAAAAUGCUGGUUUUAAACAUGUGUGCAUUAUAGUAAAAAAAUAGAACAGCCUCUUGGAGACUAGCAUAUAUCUUAUAUGUUGUUCUAAUUUCAGAUUUAAACUGUUGGAAACAUGCCUACUACUUCUAUCCCAACAUGUUGGGAUUAACUCUCCUUUCCAAGUAAUUUUAUCUGAUGCCAAGCUGAAAUGUUUGAUGUUAGAAAUAAUUUGUAUCAAAUAGCUUGCUCACUAGUGUCCAGUUGGCCAUUUUUCUGAAAUAAGCAGUUUGUUCCUGAAUGAUAAAGAUGUAUGAAUCAGCAAAUUCUAAGCAUCUAUUAACAGCUAUUGCAUUUGGUGAAAUUUAACAAGUCAGCACAAAAAAUAUGGGGGUCCUGCCCCUCAAUCAUUUUCAUGUACACCAUAAAUCAUAAUUCUAAAGUUGUUGUGACAUAUAGAUGUCUGUAACCAUAACCACAGAAUUAGCAAAACCUGCAGAAAUGCACAACAAAGCAAUCACAAGCAAGAUUCUCUACUAAGCAGAUCAAGAUGUAAAUUACACAUUCCUUCCAUUUCCUGUUGGUGGCUUAAUAUACAAUGAAGACCAACUUUAAAACUUGAAGAGAGAAAAAGUUAGAAAAAGGACACACUGCUCAUUUUCCUGUUUAUUUUUAUAAAUCUUUUUCUAAGUUUAUAAAUAUAUGUUACCAAGUCAACAGCCCUUUUAGUCAUGGGCUAUGUAACAGAAAGAAUGAUUGUUUUAAAAGAGUUUUGCAAUUUAUUUUGCAUGCAAAUUCCAGGGAAAUGUAAAGAAUUUGCACAAGAAUGCAUGUUACCUUGUUACAGAGAGUCAAUUUAAUUGCCCAUUACAGAUGAAAACAUGGUUCUAAUUUGCUCUGACUCAUUUUCCAUUCUUCUGUCUUCCUCUAAGUUGAGCAACAUCUUUUUAACAGUCACUACACUGUUACUAUUCCAACAGAUCUACCUCAAGUUACUGCGAUGUCAUUGGUUCAAGAUUUUGAUGAACAUGUAUCAUGGCAGUUUCAUAUAUAUUUUACCAAAUUCCAAGGAGAGACGUUGGAGAUAAUGUUGUUUAUGGUUGGAGAAAACUAAAUGGCAUAUUUUUUUAUUUACUUAACUGUUGAGUAGAUUGUUCUAGAAUGAUGCAUAAAGUAAAGCUGAAGUGCAUAUUUAAAUCCACAGACAUAACUUUUUCAUAUUUAGAAUGUUACAUUGUAUUUAAAGAUGAUUAAGAUCUUUAAAGGCUUUAAUUAUAAAAGGUUCUCUGGAUGUUAACUUUGAAAAAGACAAGCAUUCUGCAAUUGAUUUUGUAACAAGGGUCAUUCUCUUUUGAUUCCCUCCCUAUCAAUAGGUUUUCUAUUUUUUUUAAAGCUUAUAUACAUAAUUUUAAAUAAAAACUACUCAUUAAAA